UCUGAAAUGGCUUUUGCCAAGUUUUCAAGCUGAACCUGAAAGACCCUUCUCAUUUUCCGCUCCCUGACUCCAGCCGCAUUGAGUCUUUGCACAGAUUUCUCAGGCAGAAGGGCUGCAGCGUGAGGAUUGGGAGGAACUCGACCUACUCUGCUAACCCAGUGGCCUGAGCCAAUCACAAAGAGGAUUGGAACCUCGCUCGAGCCCCCCUUCCCAUCCCCUGCCCCUGCAGCAGCCUCCAGGAAAGAGGGGCACUGGAGGGGUGGGUUCGCAAUUCAAAUCCCUGGCUUUCUGCCCGCCUCUUUUCUAAAUAAGAAGGCGGGAGCUGCUGUGAGGUGCAAAGGGAUCUUCCGAAUUGCACUGGCAAGAUCCUUGCCUCUGCCUCUCUUACCUGUUUCUGAAGCUAACGGGAAAGGGGCAAGGAUGGUGGAGGCUUUCUGUGCUACCUGGAAGCUGACGGACAGUCAGAACUUUGAUGAGUACAUGAAGGCUCUAGGUGUGGGUUUUGCCACUAGGCAGGUGGGAAAUGUGACUAAACCAACAGUGAUCAUCAGUCAGGAGGGUGACAAAGUGGUGAUCAGGACCCAAAGCACAUUCAAGAACACAGAGAUUAGUUUCCAUCUGGGAGAAGAGUUUGAUGAAACCACUGCAGAUGACAGGAACUGUAAGUCUGUUGUUAGUCUGGAUGGAGACAGACUUGUUCAUGUGCAGAAAUGGGAUGGCAAAGAAACAAAUUUUGUGAGAGAGAUUAAGGAUGGCAAAAUGGUCAUGACUCUUACUUUUGGCGAUGUGGUUGCUGUUCGCCACUAUGAGAAGGCAUAGAAAGCUUCCUGAUCUGGGACUGGAGAAGUUCUAUAAUGUUUCUGUUCACUCAAAUCUCAGUACCACACUGCUAUUCCAGCCCGGCUGAUCUCUGAUUAGAAGGUUAUCCCUGGCAUGGAGGUGGACAAUGAUGAUUUAAAAACUUGUUUUAAAAACCUGUUACUGCAAGCCAUCAAAACCAAUUUUGAUCUGCACAUUUAUCACAUUUUAUAAUUUCACAUUAAAGUUUUAAGUUAUUUGUUUAAAAAAAUAAAGAAGUGAAUACAUUCUAUAAUUUUCAUUGGAAAGCAAAUCAAAUUGGAAUAAAAAUGUAUACCCAUGAAAAA